AAUCACGUGGUCGUUAAAGCCGGCCGUCCUGUGUCCGGGGCGGCAAUGGCGAAUCGAUUCGCGAUCCAAUUGCAACUCGAAGUUAUCUGUGCAGAUAUUUAUUAGCUGCAAACCAACGAAUUCCGCAAGACAAUGUCUGCCUCCCUCCCAUCCUGGCCGCCCACCCUCACCUCUUUGCAACGUGAGGAACUGCACAAGUCGGCAACCACAUGGGCUCUAAGUCAUGGCCUUUGUUACCUUCCACCGUCUACAUCUGACCGGCCCUCAAAUAGUACCAGUUCACCCCCAGUCGCUACAAUACAUGCCCCGAUAUCUCUUAUUCCAACGCCUUUUCCUCGGUCGUUAUUCCAUUCAGCACAGAGUUUGCAAUCGGUCUACAACACCCUCUAUUCGCGUGUCGCGUUGGACACUGAAUUUCUCGAUCGUUACAUGGGGUGUGAGAGUGAAGAGGGUGUAGGUAAGGUUGAUAGCUUUACAGGAAAACUAUGGCAAGGGUGGAAGACAGUCAGGGAGGAAGGCGGGUAUGAAAGGCAGUCUCUUCAUUUGGGGCUUUUCCGUUCCGACUACCUUCUUCAUACCUCUCCCGACCAGGCUCUAUCGAUCAAACAAGUGGAAUUCAACACGAUCUCCUCCUCUUUUGGUCCUUUGAGCGAAAGAAUCGCUGCUUUACAUAGACACCUCGCUGCAUCCUGCUCUUAUUACGAUAUUUCGCCAUUACUUAAUGAUGACCGGUUUCCUGAGAACGAGACCACGAAGGGCUUAGUGCAAGGAUUGGCUUCAGCCCAUGGUGCUUACGGCGUUCCGAGCGCUAGAAUCCUCUUCGUGGUUCAAUCAAAGGAAAGGAAUAUGUUCGAUCAAAAGUGGCUGGAAUAUGAAUUAUUGGAGAGACAUAGUAUCAAAGUAAUCCGAAGAAGCCUUGAUGAACUUGCUACGCAAGCUUGUGUGGAUCCCAAUACUUACAGUUUACUCGUUUCCAAUACCGAUUCACCGAACUCCCCACCUAUCGAGAUUUCUACGAUCUACUUCCGCGCAUGUUACACCCCAAACGAUUUCCCGACCCUUUCACAUUACGAAACCCGUUUCCUCCUCGAACGUUCCCGAGCUAUCAAAUGCCCCAGUCUUCCGCUACAACUUGCUGGGGGUAAAAAAAUUCAGGAGGUAUUGACGAGGCCAGGCGUGCUCGAGCAGUUCCUACCGGAUGUCGGACACGACAGCUUAGAACAGCUCAGAGCAACGUUUAUGGGGAUGUACUCGCUCGAUCUGGACGAAACAAACGAUAGUUCCUCGUUUCCAAAGACGCGUGCCAACCACUUAAAUCUGGUUCUCAAGCCCCAACGUGAAGGUGGUGGUAAUAAUGUCUACAAGGAAGAUAUCCCCGCUUUCCUUGAUUCCCUUUCAGCGGUAUCCUCUAGCUCUUCGCCUGUCUCCGAAUCAAAGGCAUGGAUAGCAAUGGAAAUAAUUCACACUCCUCCAGGAAUAGGCGGUUAUCUCGUGAGAUCACCGCCUCCGGGCAGUAGUCAGGAAGAGAUUGAAGCUGGGAAAGGUGGCGCGCAGGCAGAGAUUAUAUCUGAGCUUGGGAUAUUUGGUUACUCGUUAUUUGGACUCGUAGAGGGCAAGAAAACGAUCAAAGGAGAAGAGACGGUGGGUUGGUUGGUUCGCACGAAAGGAAAGGAGAGUAAUGAAGGUGGUGUCGCCACCGGAUUUUCGGUUUUAGACAGUUUGGUUUUGAUUGACUAGGCUUCGUAUGCGCGCAUGCGAAGGUAUUGGUAGACGUUGACUUUUUGUAGAUUACCAUCUAGUGUAAAGAUAUGCAUCAUGCUAUGAGUGUUAGUA